AUGUUUGUACAGAAAAAGAAACUGGUCGAACAUGUCCUGGCAAUGCGUGCCGAAGGCAGUGGCAGUAGCGAUGAAGAUGAAGAAGAGGAGGACGAGGGAGACAUAUUGCAGCGACGACGCGAAGAAUGCGAACGCAAGGCACGCAGGGGGGAGAUGGAUCCCCGGCUGGAGUUCACAUUCCAGCUACUGAUCGAUGCCACACAAUUGCCGAGACAUCAGCUCAUGGAUUACAUAUUCGAAGGGGAUAUGCUCGAUGAGAUCAAUCAACUCUUUCUGCCCAAUAUGAAGAACAAGCUCUUGUGGUUCUAUCAGGAGGUAGAUGAGCCAGAACCCACCCAGGUGGCAGAUGCCAAUAAACCGGGACCCUCACGUACGGGCAUGGCAUCGAGCAGCUCAAAGACACCACAAGGUGGUGCUUCGCCCAGUGGGUUGCAGCCACCGAAGCACAAGAAACUCUUUCUAACCGAUGGCUGGACUUGCGCCUUCACCGGCGUUUGUAUCUAUAUCUUUCGUGUGAAUACAUCGAAGCAAUUGCCCGAAGAGGGUUUCCAAAAGGAUUUGUAUUGCGGUGUCAUCGAUGCCAAGAACAUUGGCCUGGUCACCUCGAUUGAACGUAUUGUGGAAUUCGUUUUCAUGCAGGCCUUGGCCUUUCCCAGUCUCGAAACGGAUGAGGAGGAUGUCAGUUGUGGCCUCAUCAAGGGGCAACUGUUGCCCGGCUUGCGUUCGUUUUGCAGUGCUUUACGUGUCUGCGAACAGGUCUGCGAUCAUUACAAUGUCUUUGCCGAUGGGUGUGACAUGUUUGAGAAAAUCGAUCUGGUCGAUGAGGUCAAGGAUAUGUCCAAGAAUCAAGAGUUUUGCACACAACUCGAAGAGCGUGUCAACAAUUGGACAAAGGGCAUAUUGAAAAUCCUGGGCGAGAGUGAACAGUUGCGCAAGGAGAAUGAUCAUAGUGGGCCGCAGGAUGAAUUGGAAUACUGGAAGAAACGUGGUGCCCAAUUCUCACAGCUGCUGGCCCAUUUGCAGGAUAAAGAAGUGCAGUUCACUUUGCAUUGUCUCUUCUUGGCUGGUUCGCGUAUUAUGCGUCAGUGGAAGGAAACCGAUCGCAAGAUUACAUUCUGCUACAAUGAGGCCAGAGAUAAUUCGAAAUUUAUUCAAGCCAUGGAGACAUGUUGCCAUUCCUUAUAUCUCGAUGAUCCGGUCAGCAUGAAAGAGUCCAUACUGAGUCUAUUGCAAACGGUGCGGCUGAUCUACAGUGUUUCUCAGUUCUAUAAUACAUCCGAAAGAACCUCAGCGUUGAUGGUAAAGAUUACCAAUCAAAUGAUUGAAACCUGCAAAUCCUAUAUCACUUGUCGCUGCAAGGAGACCAUUUGGUCACAGGAUCGUAAUCUGAUACGUACAAAACUGAGUAAUUGCAUCAAGUUGAAUCACAUUUACCAUGAAACCUAUUACACGGUGAGGGAGCAGCCAUUUCUGCCCAAUCAGACGCCAUUUGGUUUCUCGGAGAACUUUGUUUUUGGUAAAUUUGAUACAUUCUGCGAACGCCUCUCGAAAAUUAUUAGCAUGUUUAAUUUGAUUGACGAUUACAAUCAUUUGUUUGAACGUCGUCUGGAGGGACUUUUGUUGGGCGAAGCUUUGGAAGAUGCCUCCAAUCAUUUUGAGGAGGCCAAAAAGGAGGUUACCUCAAAGAAAUAUGAUUAUCUGGAUCAUCGGAAUUCCGAUUUUAAUGAUGAUUUCGAGAGAUUUAUACAUAAAACCGAUUCCCUCAAGGAUACCAUAGCCACAUUGAUUGAAAGAGAUUUUGAUACGGUUUGGGAGACACCGCAAUGCAUACGAUUUCUGGUGCGCUUCGAGAAGGUCAGCGAGAAAAUCCCUCUGACCAAAAUGGAUGAGAAAUAUACACGAAUUCUGCGCUAUGUGGAAAAGGAAGUGGAUCGCAUAUUGAAGACCUUUCGCAAGCAACGUGAUGAUCCGCCUUUGGCUAGAAAUUUUCCACCAAUUGCUGGUCGAAUACAUUGGUGUCGCGCCUUGAGUUUGCAUCUUGCCGAACUAAUGGAUGCAGUGAUGGACCAUGCAGUAUUGAGCACUCUACCCAUGGCCAAGGAUCUGGAUGUACGUUUUCAUAAUGUCCUUGGUAUCCUCAAGGAGUAUGAGGAUGAAAUUGUUUCCAUAUGGUUGGAUCAGGAUGUCAGUGUGGCGGAUGCUUGCUUGCUGCAACCGUUGCUGUGUCUACAGGGAGAUCGAUUAUUUGUUAAUUUGCAUCCAACUAUUCCGUUACUCAUCAGAGAAGCCAAGAUGCUGGCCAAGCUGCACAUUGAGUUGCCCAUUGUGGCUGCCACACUGAUGAGUCGCCAGCAAUACUUCAUUACCAUACAGGAUUCCUUGAAUUGCCUUAUCAAAAUGUUCCUGUCAACGGUGCGUACCGUCAAGCUAGAGGUGCGUCCUUUGUUCUUGCCCCAGUUAGUUCGUUUGACAGCCAUGCUGAAGCCCGGUCUUCAUACCAUAAAUUGGACUAACCAAAACUGGACAGACUUCUAUGAACGCUGCAAGCAGGCCAUUGAAACCUUUGAGGUUCUGGUUGCUCGCGUUCACGACAUCUAUUCCAAUCGCAUACUCAAUGUUCUUAUGUGGAUGCAGGAUGUGUCCUUGCAGAUAUUGCCACAAGACGAUGAAAUUUGGACCGUUGAUGAGUUUCUAGAACGUAGCGAAGAGGCUUGCCGUAAAGCGGCAAUCGAACUCAAUCGCAAAAGCCAAAUGGUCUCUGAGGCAGUGGAGGAGGUUUUGAAUUUGGUGGAUAAGGCGACAGAGACAUUUAAGGAGAUAGCUGGCGACGAUGUGGUCACCUUAUUCGAUGCCACGCCAAAGGGGGACCAACCACCUGCCGGUUCAGCUGGACGCAAGCCAGAUGAUAAUGCUGGAGCAGGUGGUCCUAGUACUAGUGGCGGCGGCGGUGGUGGAGGGGGUGGCCAGCAACAGGAUUGGAGCAUAUUAUGGUCAUGCUUUGAGAAUCCCCUAACACUGCUAUCGACCACAGAGAGUUUGCCCAAGGGCAUGCAGGAUAUGGUGUGCAAUGCUGUAGUAGAAAUGCGACGCUAUUAUAGCCGCAAGAUUAUUGAUGUUCUCAUCAAGGUAAUACGGGCCGCUCUUGACACCCUGCGACGACGCUUUAUUGCCGAUGAGCAGGACAAGUCAACAAAGAAGCCGAUCUUUGCGCUGAACGCGCAGCUGCUGAUACCCAAUGUGGUGAUCAAGCCGAGUCUGGACGAGCUGCAGGACAUAUUGGUCACGGCGGGCAAGAACAUCACGGGCAUUGCGAAGGGCGUGGCUCAGUGGAGCAGCGGCAAAGAACCGCCGCAAGUUUCGAUGACGGUGACGCAGCCGCGUGUAGGGCGCAAUCACAUGGAGAUGGCCGCCGCCGGCGGCGCAAAGAAUCGGCGCCGAAAGAUUUACUGUCUGGCUUCCGAGGAGCGGCCGCAGAUGCCACAUAUGCUUAAAAGUUUCUACUCAGCCAUUAUGGACAACAAGGAGGUGGCCAAGGCUGUCAACCAGUUGUCCAGUUGCACCAAGAACGUCAAGCCCGAGAUUCAGACCUACAUUAAGCGUUGGAAGCCCUAUCACUUCCUCUGGAAGAAUGAGCGCACCACCCGACAACUCAUGGAAUUUGGGCUCCAGGAAUUUGAAACGACCCUGCGCUGUCUGGCCGAUCUGGACGCCAAUCUCCUCAUCGAACCAGAUAUGGAGGUAUUUGGACAAUGUGUGGCAGUCUACAAUGAAAGGCUCAAGUAUGGUUUGGCCAUCGAGAUCAAAUCCUGCAACCACAAAAUCGGAAUGGCCAUGAAGAAGAAGUAUAAGAAGGAGAUGGACUAUGUAUAUGCCGUAAUCAAUGAGAUGGAUCGUAAACUGGACAGGCCCAUUCGUGACCUGGACGAUGUACGUAUGAUAAUGGAGACUCUUGGAAAGAUUCGAGAACAGGAAGUGGACAUGGAGUUGCGAAUUGAUCCCAUAGAGGAAGCCUUUAAUGUGCUUACACGCUAUGAAGUACAAGUCGAACGGGAACAAUUCGAUUUGGUGGACAAUUUGAGGGCCACUUUCCAGAAUCUGUUGGCCGGAGCGCUGCAGGCGCAGGUUAAACUGCUGGACAUGCAGCCAGCAUUCCAAGAUGAUUUACGCAACAAUUUGGACAACUUCAAGCAGGACAAGAUCUCGUAUGUUACGGAAUAUCGCACAGCGGGUCCCAUGCAGGCGGGUCUGACACCACGCGAGGCCUCCGACCGGCUAAUACUAUUCCAGAAUCGUUUUGAGGGCAUGUGGCGACGCUUGCAAACGUAUCAGAGCGGCGAGGAACUUUUCGGUCUGCCACAAACUGACUACCCUGAGUUGGGCCAGAUUCGGAAGGAACUGAAUCUACUGCAGAAGCUAUAUAAGCUCUACAACGAUGUGAUCGAUCGCGUGAGCAGUUACUACGAUAUACCGUGGAACGAGGUGGACAUUGAAGAGAUUAACAACGAGCUGAUGGAGUUCCAGAAUCGUUGUCGAAAGCUACCCAAAGGCCUUAAGGAAUGGCCUGCGUUCCAUGCGCUCAAGAAGACGAUCGACGAUUUCAAUGACAUGUGCCCGCUCCUGGAGUUGAUGGCGAAUAAAGCCAUGAAGCCACGCCAUUGGCAACGGAUCAUGGACGUUACUCGCUACAUCUUUGAAUUUGAUUCCGAGGGUUUCUCGCUCAAGAACAUUUUGGAGGCGCCGCUGCUCAAGCAUAAGGAGGAUAUAGAGGAUAUCUGUAUUAGUGCCAUGAAGGAGAAGGACAUUGAGGCGAAGCUAAAACAAGUCACCAACGAAUGGUCCGUUCACGAGCUGCAAUUCAUGAGUUUCAACAAUCGUGGUGAAUUAUUACUACGUGGCGAUACCACAGCCGAAACCAUUGGCCAACUGGAGGAUAGUUUAAUGGUCUUGGGUUCCCUACUAUCGAAUCGCUAUAAUGCACCAUUCCGUAAACAAAUCCAACAAUGGGUCUACGAUCUAUCCAAUUCGAAUGAGAUACUGGAACGUUGGCUGCUAGUGCAGAAUAUGUGGGUCUAUUUGGAGGCCGUGUUUGUGGGUGGCGAUAUUGCGAAGCAACUGCCUAAGGAGGCGAAAAGGUUUUCGAAAAUCGACAAAUCGUGGCAGAAGAUCAUGCAACGGGCCCACGAGACUCCCGGUGUUGUGGCCUGUUGUGUGGGCGAUGACCUGCUUAAACAAUUGCUACCUCAUUUACAGGAGCAAUUGGAGAUUUGUCAGAAAUCCUUGAGUGGUUAUCUGGAGCGCAAGCGCAUGAUGUUUCCACGUUUCUUCUUUGUGUCAGAUCCCGCCCUGCUCGAGAUUCUGGGUCAAGCUUCCGAUUCGCAUACCAUACAAAACCACCUCCUCAAUAUAUUCGAUAACACCAAGAGUGUUAAAUUCCAUGAUGUUGAAUAUAAUAAAAUGCUAUCAAUAAUGAGUAGCGAAGGUGAAAUGAUCCAAUUGGAUCGAGCCAUCCGGGCUGAGGGUUCGGUGGAGACAUGGUUAACACAAUUGCUGGUAACAGCUCAACAAUCGUUGCAUUCGAUAAUACGCAAUGCGUAUGCAACAAUUAAUGAUCCAAAUUUCACACUUUUAAGUUUCCUCGAAAAGGUGCCGGCGCAAAUUGGUUUACUUGGCAUACAAAUGGUUUGGACACGUGAUGCCGAAAUGGCUCUAAUGCGGGCCCGUCACGAACGUAAAGUUAUGUCCGAGACGAAUAAUAAAUUUCUCGAGAUGCUCAACACUCUGAUCGAUCAGACAACACGUAAUCUAUCCAAACGGGAGAGAACUAAUUUCGAAACAUUGAUUACCAUUCAUGUGCAUCAACGUGAUAUCUUUGAUAUUUUGUGUCGCAUGAACAUAAAAUCGGCCAAUGAUUUUGAAUGGCUUAAACAGUGUCGUUUCUAUUUCAAAGAGGAUCUGGAUAAGACAUGGAUUUCCGUCACCGAUGUCACAUUUACGUAUCAAAAUGAAUAUCUUGGCUGUACAGACCGUUUGGUUAUUACCCCUCUAACAGAUCGCUGCUAUAUAACUUUGGCUCAGGCUCUUACUUUAUCGAUGGGCGGUGCUCCAUGCGGACCAGCUGGCACUGGUAAAACAGAAACGGUCAAGGAUAUGGGCAAGACUUUGGCCAAGUAUGUUGUCGUUUUUAAUUGCUCCGAUCAAAUGGAUUACCGGGGACUGGGACGCAUCUACAAGGGACUUGCCCAGUCUGGCAGCUGGGGAUGCUUCGAUGAGUUCAAUCGCAUUGAGUUGCCUGUUUUAUCGGUGGCUGCCCAACAAGUUGCCGUUGUUCUAACCGCCAAGAAGGAGAAGAAAAAGACAUUCCUAUUCACAGAUGGCGAUACCAUUGAAAUGAAUCCAGAAUUUGGAAUUUUCAUAACCAUGAAUCCUGGUUAUGCGGGUCGUAAGGAAUUGCCAGAGAAUUUAAAAAUACAAUUCCGUACAGUGGCCAUGAUGGUGCCCGAUAGACAGAUUAUUAUCCGUGUCAAGUUGGCAAGUUGCGGUUUCUUAGAGAACAUCACAUUGGCCCGUAAAUUCUAUACAUUGUACAAACUAUGCGAGGAGCAAUUGACCAAACAGGUGCACUAUGACUUUGGAUUGCGUAACAUACUCUCGGUUCUACGUACUCUGGGGGCAGCCAAGCGUCGCAAUUCAAAGGAUACAGAAAGUACGAUAGUUAUGCGAGUGUUGCGCGACAUGAAUCUAUCUAAAUUGAUAGAUGAUGAUGAGCCACUUUUCAUGUCACUAGUAUCCGAUUUGUUUCCCAAUCAGACGCUUGAGAAGACCAAUUACCCAGAGCUAGAGGCGGCCAUUGCUCAGCAGACAGAUGAGGCAAGUUUAAUUUACCAUCCACCAUGGGUGCUAAAGCUUAUUCAACUAUAUGAAACACAAAAUGUGCGACAUGGCAUCAUGACUCUGGGCCCCAGUGGUGCAGGUAAAACCACUUGUAUACACACACUGAUGAAAGCCAUGACCCAAAUGGGUGACAAUCAUCGCGAGAUGCGUAUGAAUCCCAAGGCCAUAACAGCAGCACAGAUGUUUGGACGUCUGGAUGUGGCCACCAAUGAUUGGACUGAUGGCAUAUUCUCGGCCCUCUGGCGGAAAACUCUCAAACUGAAGCCAGGCGAGCAUGUUUGGCUAGUAUUAGAUGGACCAGUGGAUAGCAUUUGGAUAGAGAAUCUAAAUUCCGUGCUAGAUGACAACAAAACAUUGACUUUGGCCAAUGGUGAUCGCCUAACGAUGGCUCCAUCAGUGAAAAUUAUCUUUGAGCCGCACAACAUUGACAAUGCCUCGCCAGCCACAGUGUCGCGCAAUGGCAUGGUCUACAUGAGCUCCUCCGGCCUGGAUUCUCGACCAAUUGUUCAAGCUUGGCUAAAGAAUCGUGCUCCCGGCGAGAAAUCAACCUUUUCGGAUUUAUUCGAUCAAACCUUUGUCGAGGUCUACAAUUGGGGUGUCCAAAUGGUGAAACUUCAAAUGCCCGUGCUACAGUGUAAUAUUGUGCAACAGAUGUUGUUUAUUCUGGAGGGUCUUAUACCACCCAAGAAGGAAGAUGAGCAGGCCGUUAGCAUGUCGAGCAAGGAGAGUCAGGAUGCGGCAAAGCGUUUAGAGCAUCAAAAACAAAUCGAAGAAUUGCGACGGCAAUCGAUUGGCAGUCAGAUUGUCGAGGAUCUGCCUGACGAGACAGUCGUGGAGGAAAAAGAGGAUACUUGCACUCCAGAGCACUUGCACCGCUUGUAUAUAUUCGCGCUCGCCUGGGGUCUGGGCGGUUACCUCUCUACCGGCGAUCGCGUUAAAAUGAAUCUCUUUGUGAAGGAAUCGUUUCCGGAAUUGGACUAUCCAAAGGGUAGUGCCCAUGAGAAUACAAUAUUUGACUUCUUCGUUUCUCCAACGGGCGUGUGGCAGUCGUGGAAGACGCUCGUCACACCCUACAUGUAUCCGGAGCUUUCCACACCAGACUAUCUAAGCAUUUUGGUGCCCAUUGUGGAUAAUGUGCGUAUCGAUUAUCUAAUUGGCACCAUUGCCAAUCAGGAACGCGCCGUAAUGCUUAUCGGCGAACAGGGCACCGGGAAAACAGUCAUCAUGAAGAAUUUCAUGAAGAAAAUGAACGUUGAGACGUAUAUGGGCCGAUCCUUUAAUUUCUCUUCAGCAACCAGUCCAUAUCAAUUUCAACGCACAAUCGAAAGCUAUGUUGAGAAGCGCGUUGGUGUGACAUUUGGUCCACCCGGUGGUCGCAAAAUGAUUGUAUUUAUUGAUGACAUUAAUUUGCCCGAGAUCAAUGAGUGGGGCGAUCAGAUAACCAACGAGAUUGUGCGACAAUCAAUGGACAUGAAGGGCUUUUAUAGCUUGGAGAAGCCUGGUGAUUUUACCACAAUUGUGGAUGUGGCAUAUGUGGCAGCAAUGGGUUUGCCCGGUGGCGGAAGGAAUGAUAUUCCGUCACGUUUGAAACGUCAAUUCUGCGUCUUCAACUGUAAUAUACCCGACAAUGACUCCAUUGAUAAAAUCUUCCGCGUUAUCGGUGAGGGUCAUUACAAUGCCAAACGUGGCUUUGUGCCCGAAAUUCGUAGCUUAAUCAAGAAGCUAAUCGUCGUGACACGGCAUUUGUGGCAGCGUACACGCGAGAAACUAUUGCCUACGCCGGCCAAAUUCCACUAUGUAUUCAGUCUACGCGAUUUAUCGCGCAUCUGGCAGGGCAUGGUUGGCACCUUAUCCACAGUGAUCACCUCGGAGAGCGUCCUCAUGGCAUUGUGGAAGCAUGAGUGUACGCGUGUGUUUGCCGAUCGUUUUACCACAUUCCAGGACAAGGAGUGGUUCGGCUCAGAGCUGGCAUGUCUUGUGCGCGAGGAAUUGGGUGAAUCCCAUUCCCAGAUGAUUAUACCGAAUCCGGUAUUCGUCGAUUUUAUGCGCGAUGCCCCCGAGCCGACUGGCGAGGAGGGGGAGGAUACCGAUAUGGAAUUGCCGAAAGUCUACGAACCGGUUAACUCUCAUGAAGUACUACGCGAGCGUCUCGUCAUGUUCCUUGCCCAAUUUAAUGAAAUGGUGAGGGGCUCUGGAAUGGAUUUGGUUUUCUUCCCAGAUGCAAUGUUGCAUUUAGUGAAGAUCUCCCGCAUCAUUCGGCAUCCGAGAGGAUCGGUCAUGCUUGUCGGGGUCGGCGGUUCUGGAAAACAGUCGCUUACGAAAUUGGCAUCGUUUAUAGCUGGCUACAAGACAUUCCAAAUUGCGUUGACGCGUUCUUACAAUGUGGCCAAUUUUCUGGAGGACCUAAAGCUGCUCUAUCGUACCUGCGGCGUGCAAGGCAAGGGCACAACCUUCCUCUUUACUGACUUGGAUAUCAAGGAGGAGGGUUUCCUCGAGUAUCUAAAUAAUAUACUCUCGAGCGGCGUCAUUUCAAAUUUAUUCUCGCGCGAUGAGCAGGCCGAAAUCGUGCAAGAGUUGACGCCGGUCAUGAAGCGCGAAAAUCAACGCAAAACAACGACCCCGGAAAGUGUGAUGGACUUCUUUUUGGCACGCACCUGUACGAACCUGCACGUGGCAUUCUGCUUUUCACCAGUGGGAGAGACGUUCCGGUCUCGGGUGCAACGCUUUCCCGCCUUGGUCUCCGGAUGCACCAUCGACUGGCUGCACCCGUGGCCCAAGGAUGCCUUGGUCUCGGUUGCCAGACACUUCCUCAGUAACUUCGAAAUUGAGUGUACGCCGGCCGUUAAGGAUGAGCUGGUUAAUGCUCUUGGCUCCAUUCAGGAUAUUGUCGCUGAAACGUCACAGGAGUAUUUCCAACGUUUCCGUCGCGCCACGCACGUUACACCCAAAUCUUAUCUGAACUUUAUUGCCGGCUACAAGAACAUUUAUCAAAUGAAGCAGCAAGAGCUGCGCGACGGUGUGGAGAAGAUGGAUACGGGAUUGGAGAAACUGAAAGAGGCCUCCGCCUCGGUUGAGAUUCUCAAGAAAGAUCUUGUCGUCAUGGAGGAAGAGCUUGUCGAGGCCUCCAAAAACGCCGAGUCCGUGUUAGUUGAGGUGACCGAGCGUGCAAUGCAAGCGGAGAUUGUCAAGAAUCAGGUACUUAUCGUCAAAGACAAGGCAGAGGCUCUUGUCGCAUGUAUAGCGCAAGAGAAGGCCCUUGCCGAAGAGAAACUGGAAGCGGCCAAACCGGCACUCGAAGAGGCUGAGAAUGCUCUAAAUACCAUCAAACCGGCUCACAUAGCCACAGUGCGUAAGUUGGGAAGACCACCGCAUCUUAUCAUGCGGAUUAUGGAUUGCGUCUUGAUUCUGUUCAAGCGUAAACUUCAUCCCUGUAUACCCGAUUCGGGUACACCUUGUCCCAAGCCCUCGUGGCAAGAAUCCCUCAAGAUGAUGGCCAGUGCCACGUUUUUGCUGCAGUUGCAGAAUUAUCCCAAGGAUACCAUCAACGAUGAAAUGAUUGAUCUGCUGCAGCCCUACUUUCGCAUGGAAGACUAUAAUAUGGAUAUGGCACGACGUGUUUGCGGUGACGUUGCCGGUUUAUUAUCCUGGACCAAAGCCAUGUCCUUCUUUCACAGUGUCAACAAAGAAGUCCUACCUUUAAAGGCCAAUCUAACAUUGCAAGAGGCCCGUCUUAAGCUUGCCAUGGACGAUCUUGCUGGAGCUGAGGAACAACUGCGAGAACGUGAAGAUGCUUUGCAGGCGGUCAAAGAUCAAUAUGACAAGGCCUUGGGUGAGAAGCAACGCUUGAUGGACGCUGCCAAUGUUUGUCUACGUAAGAUGACAGCAGCCACCGCUCUAAUCAAUGGCCUUUCGGAUGAGAAGCAUCGUUGGACAAGUCAGAGCAAGGAAUUUAAAAUACAAUUGGGCAAACUGGUGGGCGAUGUUUUAUUGGCCACAGGAUUUCUAUCUUACUGCGGUCCCUACAAUCAAGAGUUCCGAGCAAAUCUCAUCAAGACUUGGAUGGGCAUACUCAAGCAAAAGAAUAUACCAUUCACCACUGGCCUGAACAUCAUUAAUAUGCUUGUGGACUCAUCGACUGUGUCGGAAUGGACUCUGCAAGGAUUGCCCAAUGACGAAUUGUCUGUGCAGAAUGCUUUAAUAGCCACCAAAUCCAGUAGCUAUCCAUUGCUGGUUGAUCCUCAGACACAGGGCAAGAUAUGGAUCAAGUGUAAAGAGGAUCGCAAUGAGCUGCAAAUCACUUCGCUCAAUCAUAAAUACUUUCGUACCCAUCUGGAGGACUCCCUAUCGCUGGGUAGGCCUCUGUUAAUCGAAGAUGUGGGCAUUGAUCUAGAUCCGGUUAUUGAUAAUGUGCUGGAGAAGAAUUUCAUUAAAUCUGGCAGCAUUGAAAAGGUCCUGGUCGGCGAUAAAGAAUGCGAUGUGAUGCCUGGCUUUAUGCUGUACAUCACCACAAAGUUACCCAACCCGGCUUUCAGUCCUGAGGUUAGUGCCAAGACAUCGAUUAUUGAUUUUACGGUCACAAUGCGCGGCCUGGAAGAUCAGCUGCUGGGCCGAGUCAUACUGAUGGAGAAAUCCGACUUGGAGGCUGAGCGAGUGGCCCUCUUUGAGACGGUUAUGCAGAAUCAACGCAACAUGAAAGAACUCGAAGCAAAUCUCCUUCUCCGUCUUAGCUCAUCUCAGGGAUCUCUUGUGGAUGAUGAGGCGUUAAUUGAAGUGUUGCGUGUGACCAAGACAACGGCUGAGGAAGUGAAUCAGAAACUGAAAAUAUCAGAAGUCACUGAACGUAAGAUAAUGAAGGCACGUGAGGAAUUCCGUGCUGUGGCCAAACGAGGUUCGAUUCUAUACUUUUUGAUAGUGGAAAUGAGCAAUGUGAAUGCCAUGUAUCAAAAUUCUCUCAAGCAAUUCCUGGUGAUCUUCAAUAAUUCCAUUACAAAAUCUGCAAAAUCUAGCGUAACUGAAGAACGCAUCAAUAUAAUUCUACGGUAUCUUACCUACGAGGUUUACAAGUUCACCAAUCGCAGUUUAUAUGAGCGACAUAAGCAACUCUUUACCUUGAUGUUGGCCAUUAAAAUUGAUUAUUACAAUGGAAAUAUUAGCCAUGAGGAGUUCUUGUCCUUUAUUAAGGGCGGCGCAUCAUUGGAUCUGAAUGCUGUGACACCGAAACCAUUCCGUUGGAUUCUGGAUAUCACCUGGCUCAAUUUGGUGGAGAUUAGCAAACUGGAUACUUUCUCUACAGUUCUGCAAGUAAUUGAACUCAAUGAGCGUGAAUGGCGCUUCUGGUAUGAGUGUGAGAAACCCGAAAAUGAGGAAAUCCCAUGUGGCUACAAUGCAAUUUUAGAUGGUUUUCGUAAACUAUUGCUAAUACGAUCCUGGUGUCCAGAUCGUACUAUAUCACAGGCCAAAAAGUAUAUAGAAGAGUCUCUGGGAACUGAAUAUAGUGAAAUGCAAAUUUUGGAUUUGGAGGAAAUGUGGCUGGAGUCGGAGCCAAGAACUCCUUUUGUUUGCUUGCUUUCCAUUGGCUCAGAUCCAACAACACAAAUUGGAGCUUUGGCCAAACAGAAGGAUAUUACUCUGAAAUGUGUUUCCAUGGGACAGGGACAGGAAUAUCAUGCACGUAAAAUGAUCAUGGAAUCGAUGGCUUGUGGCGGUUGGGUACUCUUGCAAAAUGUUCAUCUCUCUUUGCCAUUUUGCUCAGAGGUAAUUGAUAUGCUGGUGGAGACAGAACAAAUUGACGAAUCGUUCCGUAUGUGGGUAACCACCGAGCCACAUACCGAGUUUCCCAUUGGCUUGCUGCAAAUGGCUCUCAAGUUUACUAACGAGCCGCCUCAAGGUAUAAGAGCCAGCUUGAAGCGUAGUUACCAGUCAUUCACCCAGGACUUUCUUGACUAUACAUCGGCCUCACAGUGGCCACCAUUACUCUAUACGGUGGCAUUUUUGCACACAAUCGUUCAAGAGCGUCGCAAAUUUGGACCACUUGGCUGGAAUAUACCCUAUGAAUUCAAUCAAGCUGAUUUCGCUGCUAGUGUACAAUUCAUACAGAAUCAUCUCGAUGAAAUGGAUCCCAAAAAGGGCGUCUCGUGGCAGACAUUAGUCUAUAUGAUUGGUGAAGUGCAAUAUGGCGGACGGGUGACGGAUGACUUUGACAAGCGAUUGCUUACCACAUUCACAUCGGUGUGGUUUUGUGAGCAGCUGCUGUCCAAUGCCUUUGAAUUCUACAAGGGCUACAAAGUGCCGAUAACCAAGAGUCUGCAGGGCUUUAUCGAUUACAUUAACAGCCUGCCAGCCUACGAUACGCCCGAAGUGUUUGGCUUGCAUUCGAAUGCUGACAUCACGUAUCAGAUUAAUUCAGCCAAGGGCAUACUGGAUACCAUACUCAGCGUACAGCCCAAAGAAGGCGGCGGCGGUGGCGGUGAGACAAGAGAGAGUAUUGUCUAUCAACUGGCCGAUGACAUGCUCCGUAAACUGCCCGCCCAGUACAAUGCCUACGAGGUGCGAGAGAAUCUGACACGCAUGGGCAUCCUGUUGCCCAUGAACAUAUUUCUGAGGCAGGAAAUCGAUCGCAUGCAACGGGUAAUUAAGCGUGUUCAUACCUGCCUCUGUGAUCUGAAACUGGCGAUUGAUGGUACCAUCGUAAUGAGUCCAGCACUCAAGGAGUCACUGGAUGCCAUGUAUGAUGCUCGUAUACCGGAGACCUGGAUGAAGAUAUCCUGGGAGUCGACUACACUUGGCUUUUGGUAUACAGAAUUGCUGGAGCGUAACGGACAAUUUCGUACCUGGAUAUCAACGGAUCGUCCAAAGGUAUUCUGGAUGACAGGUUUCUUUAAUCCGCAGGGCUUUCUGACCGCCAUGCGGCAGGAGGUAACGCGAGCUCACAAAGGUUGGGCUCUCGACUCGGUUGUGCUGCAGAAUCAAAUAACACGCUACAACAGGGAGGAUAUCACCGAGUAUCCCACGGAGGGAGUAUAUGUGCAUGGUCUAUUUCUCGAAGGUGCCUCGUUGGAUCGUCGUAGCGGCAAACUGAUUGAAUCGAGAAUGAAAGUGCUUUAUGAACAAAUGCCAGUUAUUUAUAUCUAUGCCAUCAACACAACGGCCGGCAAGGAUCCAAAAUUGUAUGAAUGCCCAAUCUAUCGUAAGCCCCAACGCACUGACUUGAAGUACGUUGGCUCAAUUGACUUUGAGACCGAUUUCAAUCCCAAACACUGGACACUGCGCGGCGUGGCCCUGCUCUGUGACAUCAAGUGAAGUGGAAAACGACAAGGAAGUGAUGGCUGUCAUUGUCUCGACUGUCGGACUGCCGGACUGUCGGACUGUCUUCUGCUGGUCAUUAUAUACGUGUACGUGUUUUUUUGGGUUCUGUGAUAAUUAUCGGUUUAACGACGACAAAAAUUUCCUUCUCUGUUUUUGUUGUUGUUUGUUUGUUUGUUGGCAAUUUGUUAAGAACUCUUGUAACAAGCCCGCAAGUACACCAAAAAUUUAUUAAUUAAGCCCUCAAGUUAAGUAAACUUGAUGCUUGCACAAGAAACGAUGGACCAUUAAACCAUAAAUUAGUUGUUAUUUGUGUUUCCUUAGACUUUUUAAACACUUUUUAGAAUUG